AUGAUCACUUACAUCCGAGCGUCGGCAUCCCGACCGUCCAGUAGUUUACAUGCUUCUCACCAGCGUCCUGUAAUUUCCCGACUCCUUCUAUGUCUAUGGGCCUUUCUCGCGAUUUCUUCCGUUGUUGCUGCGUCUGUUCUACCUCCAAACGCCCGAUCGGAACUCACUGCUCGACGCUCUCUACCGUCUGUCGCAUCUACAGAUGGAGAGAUUGCUCAGGAUGAUCCCGAAGAUGUAUCUCAUCCACCUCAGGAACGUGCUCAAUAUGGUCACGUUAUCCGCCGAGAUUCCAUCGUCGAACUUGAUCCAAGUCUCCGUGAAAGGGCCGCAUCGCUCCCGAUCCUCGUCGCCCCGAAUGAUGAUGCACCAUCCAGACUGGUCGGACGGUCCGAUAGCGACGACAUGCCCCAGCCCUUCGACACCAGCACCAGAACCAACUUCUCGUCUAGCACCUGCGAGACAUUCGUCAAUGACUUUCUAUCAAAUUCCACGUUUACCAACUGUCAUGCGAUGUCCAUGCUCCUGCGCGACUCCUACUCCUUCUUCAAAACCGUCCGCUCCGCCACGGCCACCUCGCACGUCCUAGACCUCUCCUGCAGCGUGGAUGCCGAUAAGUGCUCGUCGUACAUGACCGACCUCGCCGGCCGUCUGCUGGAAAAAGAUGCCUGCGGUGAAGACUACAAAGACGGGAGCUCUAUCGUGACCGACGCCUACACUAAUAUGGUUGCCUACGAGCCCAUUUAUCGGGCGACCUGCCUCAAGAGUCCCAAUACAACCGACUACUGCUUCGUUGACGCCGCCACCAACACCAACAACUCGGCCGACUACAACGUCUACUUCAUGCCCUUUGACACCGCCCUCACCAACGCCCCAUUUCCCACCUGCAACAAGUGUCUCCAGGCCACUAUGGAUGUUUUUGCCAAAUUCGCUCAGAAGGACGGCCAGUUCCUCGCCCGCUCUUACAUCCCCUCCGCCGAGGGCAUCAACAGCAAAUGCGGCUCCGACUUCGCAAAUGUCAAUAUCACCGUGGGCGAUGAUAAGCUGCUCACGUCGGCUGCGUCGUGGACUAUCGGUCAUCCGGGUCCAUCUGUACCAUAUAUCGUUGCUUUGGGCAUGGCUGUUGUCUAUAUUGGGUUGCUAUAG